AUGCCGCUUGAUGGCGAGAAUAAUCCCCUGGAGCAUUCCAGAUUCUCUGAGUAUAUUAUUCUAUAUACAACUGAUGUGGUGAAGAAGCUCAAGAAGUGGCAUGACGGUAAACUACGGUUCUUUGAGUUCAACAGAAAGAUAAUUGUGUACUCGGAGAAUGGCCAUGUGGUGAACACAGAUUUCAGCAAAAAGUUUCAGCUUUACAACGAGGGAGACGAGAUUGCAUUGGCUGGAAUGACCGUGCAAAUUGUUGAGUCUACAGGAGACUAUGAGCGAGACAUAUCCACGUUGUACAACACAAAAGUUGCCAACGGUAAGCCUACUGAUGAGCAAACCAUUCCCGCAAAGAAGAUCAAAUAUAUGAAUGAACCAUCUAUUGCUACUAUGAAGAGCGAAAGGUCUCCAUUAAGCACGAUAUAUCCUCCCAGUCAACUCCAUUCUACACCGAGGCGAAUGGUGGGUCUUACAAGAAUACGACAUCAAUCCACACCGACACCGACGCCGACACCAACAUCUGGUCAGCAAUCCACCGAGAAGAUACGAACUCUCCAAUCAGUCGAGCCAAAUAAGGGGGCUGUAAAGGCAGCCUUGAAGCCUCCUGCAAGAAUACAUACGCCUCAGUUACUCACUCCUUCUACAAUGAAAACCACGAGAGUUGCCCCAGAGAAGAGCCGGGAGGCUGUCAAGAAGCUUUGUCUGAUCUCACCUAGCACGUCGAAAGUUAAGUUGAGAAAAAAGGCUGGUCUAACACCUCGAAUCAGACGGAAUACUCCCGAGAUCAUAGAGGUUCCACCUCCACCCCCUCCUAUGGAUAAGGAACUAGGAUCUCCAGAAAGCUCCAAAAGCGAGUGCGCUGCAAUUCCUGACUCUGCGAUUGAGCAAACUCCGAAUAAUGCAAGCGAGAGCUUUUCCAGACACGUGGAAGUGUGUGCCAGCGAUACCUCGGAGGAGGUUUCUGAUUUCGACGAGGAUUCAAAUCCUAAGGAAACAACUACUGUACACUCCAAAACUGGAAUUCGUGAAACUCAAACUGUCACUUAUGACUUUGGUCUUGGCGAGGAAGAUGCUGGAUUCACGCUUUCUGAUAGGUUUCGGAUAUGA